UCUUUCCAGCGAAGAUGUACAACGGAAUCGGCCUACAAACGCCGCGAGGCUCCGGCACCAACGGCCACAUCCAGACCAACAAGUUCUUCGUCAAGUCGAAGACGAACAAAGUCCUUGUAGAGGGCGGCAAAGGUUACGAAUCCGGUCAAGGAACUGCCGGAGUGUCGAGGAAAGCCAAUAAGGACAUUCUCGAACAUGACCGGAAACGGCAGAUUCAGCUCAAACUUCUUGUCCUUGAGGAGAAGCUUGCCGAUCAGGGAUACACUGAUGCUGAGAUCUCCGAGAAGCUCGAGGAAGCGCGAAGGAAUCUAGAGGCAACAUCUGAGGAAUUUGGAGGACCUACCUAUGAAAAGGUUUCGGAAACACAAACACACCAGAUUGCUGCUUUGAAAGAAAAACAAAUGGAAAACUUAAAAGCUGCUCUCAAGAUAGGGGCUGAACACGAGACUCAGAAGCAGCAGCAUGAUGCUUUAGCUCAUUUUGAAGAGGGUGAAGUUAAUGACUUGGCAAAAGAGAAGGACGAGGGUAAGCGUCAUAAGAAAAAAGAGAAGAGGAGAGGACGUGACAAUUCUUCUGACACUGACAGCAGUGAAAGCCAUGCCAAAGAGUCUAAGAAGAUCCGUAAGAAGGCUCAUGAUAGUUCUGAUUCUGAUACUGCUGGUGGUAAUAAGUCAAGAAAGUUGUCUGCCAAGGACAAGAAGGCUAGAAGGCGGCAUCACAGUGACGAUUCAUCCUCUGAUUCUGAUUCUGACUCUUAUUCAGAGUCUGAUCAUGAGAAGAAACACGUGAAAGUCCAUAGGAGACAUUUUGUGGGUGAUGAUGAUGGCCGUGAUGCAAAAACCAUUAAGCUUCAACAGGGUAGAAGACAUGAUUCUGAUGAGGAUGACCAUGUCAAUGACCGUGAUGUCAAAAACAAGACAAUUCAGAAAGAGAAAAGACAUGUUGAUAAAUAUGAUGAUGGUCGUGAUGCUAAAAACAAGACCUCACAAAGAGGUAGAACACAUGAUUCUGAUGACAAUGAUGAUGGUCGUGAUGCUAAAAACAAGAAGUCACAGAGAGAUAGAAGACAUGAUUCUGAUGGUAGUGAUCGUGAAAGAAAACACUAUUCUGAUGAUGAUGAUGAUGGUGAUCUUGAUGUAAAAAGCAGGAAGAUUCAGGAAGGGAGAAGACAUAAUUCUAAGGCUGAUUAUGUGAUUGAUGGAUCAAGUGCUAGUCAGGAGUUGUUGCGGGGUAAGAGAAAACUAGACGAUGAAAGCCUGGAUCAACGUGAGGGGAAGUCAAGGAGGAGAGAUUCUAGUAAAGAUGAAAAGUAUGGAAGGGCUGAUACUGAAGCUGAGAACCCAAAUAGGUCAUACAGGAGUACAGAGGAUAGGAGUAAAGAUCAACAGACAAGAAGAUCUGGUGGAGAAUAUGAAGGUAAUGAUGGAGAGCGUGAAAAUAAGAUUCAGAGUGGGAAUGAGCUGCAACGUGAAAGCCGACGAGAGAAUCGAGAUUAUGAAGUGCGUGGACAGGAGAGAAGAGAAAGCAGGGAUGAUGACCGCUGGGAAAGGAAACACAAAAGAGAUGAAGAGGAAGAUCAGUACCGGAAGCAUGAGAAAGAAGGGGAAUCUCAGCGGGGAAGGCCUGAACAGGAGGAGGAGCAUAGAAGCAGAAUGCGUGAUAGUUACAAAGGUCAUGAUUCAUACAAGAGGGCUAGACAUGAUGAUUCACAUUCUAGUGGAGGGAGAAGAUUUGACGAUGAAAAGUAUGCUGAUAGGCAGAGUAGGCGGUGAAAGCUGCUCUAUAGAUAUUGUGUCAUGUCAGAAGAUCAAUAGUUUCAGCAGCUCAGUGGAGGGGAAGAAGUGGCUGAUGUCUGGAAAACAAAGCAUAAAGAGGCAAAGCUUGGUUAGCUGUUUAGUACCAAAGGGAUGUGUGUGGGGUUUAGUUGUCGAAAUACUCUGAAGUGUAGCUAACGCCUAAAUGGGAUUUUCCUGAUGACCCUGAAAUUGUUGUGCAAGGGUUGACUGUUAUAAGUUCUUUCGUUGUCAUAUCUUUGACUCUUGUAUGAUAUCUUAUUUGGGAAUGUGUGCUACAUUUGCUUCCUUGGGUGAAGUGAGGUUCCAGGCUCAUGUAGAACAUGCAUGUUUUUCCUUUUGGUGAUUUUGAUUGCAAUAGAUUCUGCAGAACUUGUUUUGGAA